UACGUCUAAACAGGCAAGAGAAAACAAAAAACAAAUGCAUAUUUCUAACGCUCUUAUUUCUUCAAUGCUUUAACGUGAAGGAGGAGAGCAAAAGACAUCCCACAAAAAAGGGGAAAAAAAAGAGGAGGAUUCUGAGAGGCAGUUCCCGUGAUCUUCCCGCCUUUUCCUUCAAAUACUUCGAUCGAAGGCACUGCGAGAAGAACCAAAAUCCGAACACAAACCGGCUCAGAUCGAGAUUUCGGGUUCGGAUUCUGGAUUUAGUUUGGGAUUCAAGUUACCGAGACGUCGGAGAUCGAUCCAAUCGAUUAUUCGAUCGAAGACGACGGCAGCGAUGGCGGCGAUGAUGCUGUGUCUGCGGCGGGGGAUCGGAGGAGAUGAGGCGGAGGAGAGAAACGGGGGCGUAUCGUCGUCGUCGUCGAGGGGAGGGAGUAGAUUCAGCUUGAUCGAUAGGAUCCGGUGGCUCGAUUUGUCCGAUCGCCGGAAAAUCGACCCCGACGCUCCUUCCGGUGGAUUCUUCAUCGAUCCGAAUACCAGGUCUUACAAGACAUGGGUGAUGUUCAUAUUGGUCUGGGCACUCUACUCCUCUGUGUUCACUCCAAUGGAGUUCGGCUUCUUCCGUGGCCUACCCGAGAAUCUCUUCAUCCUCGACAUUGUCGGGCAGAUCGCUUUCUUAAUCGACAUCGUCCUUCAAUUCUUCGUCGCCUUUAGAGACAGCCAGACUUACCGCAUGGUCUCCAGGCCAGCCCCCAUCGCCAUCCGGUACUUGAAGUCGGACUUUAUCGUGGACUUGCUCAGUUGCUUGCCUUGGGAUCUCAUUUUCAAGGCAUCAGGGAGACACGAAAUCGUGAGGUACAUGUUAUGGAUAAGGUUAUAUCGGGUACGAAAGGUGAUCCAGUUCUUUGAGAGGCUGGAGAAAGAUACCCGAGUCAACUACCUCUUCAGUAGAAUCAUGAAGCUCAUGUUCGUCGAAGUGUACUGCACUCACACUGCAGCCUGCAUUUUCUAUUACUUGGCCACGACCUAUCCUCCGGAGAAAGAGGGUUACACCUGGAUCGGGAGUUUGAAGAUGGGGGAUUUCAGUUACGAGAAUUUCAGACAGAUCGAUAUAUGGAAACGUUAUAUUACAUCUUUAUACUUCGCCAUUGUCACCAUGGCCACUGUCGGGUAUGGAGAUAUUCACGCGGUGAACGUGAGAGAGAUGAUAUUCAUAAUGAUAUACGUUUCGUUUGAUAUGGUUCUCGGGGCAUACUUGAUCGGUAACAUCACUGCCCUUAUCGUUAAAGGAUCGAAAACCGAGAAAUUCAGAGACAAGAUGAAUGACCUGUUAAAGUACAUGAACCGGAACAAGCUCGGAAGGGAGAUUAGAAGUCAGAUAACUGGUCAUGUCAGAUUACAGUAUGAGAGUAACUAUACUGACACUGCCUUGCUUCAGGACAUGCCUGUCUCUAUCCGUGCAAAGAUCGCAGAGACAUUAUACAUGUCUUACAUCGAGAAAGUCCCUCUCUUCAAAGGAUGCUCCACAGAGUUUAUCAAUCAGAUAGUCAUUAGGCUCCAUGAAGAGUUUUUCCUACCCGGAGAAGUAAUAACCGAGCAAGGAAACGUCGUGGAUCAGUUAUAUUUCGUCUGUGAAGGCCUACUGGAAGCUGUCGGGACGGAGAGGGGCGGCUCGGAAGAUCCCCCAACGCUUCUAGGGCCUCACGACUCGUUCGGAGAUAUCUCCAUAAUCUGCAAUAUCCCUCAGCCUUUCACUAUUCGAGUUCGUGACCUCUGUCGCCUCUUACGUAUUGAUAAACAGUCCUUUACCGACAUUGUCGAGAUAUAUUUCCACGACGGGCGCAAAAUCUUAGAUAACAUUUUGGAGGGGAAGGACUCGAACGUGAGGAUAAAGAAGCUAGAAUCUGACAUUAUGAUGCAUAUCGGUAAACAAGAAGCUGAACUCGCAUUGAAGGUUAACAGUGCAGCUUAUCAGGGCGAUCUUUACCAGCUCAAGAGUUUGAUCCGUGCUGGAGCCGACCCGAACAAGACGGAUUACGAUGGAAGAUCUCCUCUGCACCUUGCGGCCUCUCGAGGCUACGAGGAUAUCACGCAGUUUCUUGUUCAAGAAGGCGUAGAUAUCAAUCUCAAAGAUAAGUUCGGUAACACGCCUUUGCUAGAGGCCGCGAAGAACGGGCAAGACGAAGUGAUUGCUCUGCUUGUAAGAGAAGGAGCGAGUUUCCAUCUCGAAGAUCCCGGAAAUUUUCUAUGCACUGUCGUUGCAAAGGGCGAUUCCGAGUUUCUCAAGAGACUUCUCUCCAGCGGUAUCGACCCGAACGCGAAAGAUUAUGAUCACAGGACGCCGCUCCAUGUCGCCGCAUCUGAAGGCUUGUACUUGAUGGCUAAAAUGCUCGUUGAAGCCGGAGCCAAUGUCCUUGCAAAAGAUCGAUGGGGGAAUUCCCCGGUUGACGAAGCAAGGAUGUGCGGAAACAAGAAACUGAUUAAGUUACUCGAAGACGCAAAAACCGCUCCGUCUUUGACCUAUCCUUCGAGCUCUCAUGAACUACAAGCCGAGAGAAUUCACAGACGGAAAUGCACGGUGUUUCCCUUCCACCCGAGCGAGGCUAAAGGGGGUAGAAGAAGGCACGGAAUCGUGGUAUGGAUCCCGAACGAUAUCCAGCAACUUAUCGCCGUGGCUGCAGAACAGCUCGGACACUCGGAUGAUUCAUUUGUCAUAAUGUCGGAAGAGGAAGGCGAAAUCAAAGACGUCGAUAUGAUCAGCGACGGGCAGAAGCUCUAUUUGAUUAGUUCUACACAUCAAACAUGAUUACUGGGAAUUACAGCAGAAACCCGAAACCAUAUAUUGUCUUUGCCUAUUAGUCUCUUACACAGUAUAUAUUUCAUGAGCUGUUUUCGUGUUC